UUUAUCUGAUACAUGUUUGCACUCACGCAAUUUUGCUAAACUGUUAAUCAAUAAUAAAGUCAAAAUUAACUUACGAAAACGCAAAAAUGAUUCUCAAAAGAACUUGCAAUUUACUAAUUUUAAGGCAAAAUCAAAUAAGUAUCCAGUUUUAUAGUUUAUUUCCAACAUCAUAUGUACCACCAGUUUAUAAAAAGGAUCAACAAAAAGAGAUAUUUGAAACUCCAGAAGGAAAGCAAUUAUCUCAUACACCUAUCAAACCAGCUUUAACUUCUGAUACAUGUUCUGAAUUUCACGAUGAGAUAAUUAGAAAAUUUAUAAAUUAUAUUAUGAGAAAAGGUCAAAGAGCAGUAGCCAGAAGAGUAUUAGAAACUGCCUUUGAAAAUAUUAAAAUAAUACAACUGAAAAAGUACUAUGACGCAGCACCUGAAGAAAAAGAUAAUAUUGUAUUAGAUCCAAAAACUAUUUUAUAUCGUGCCAUAGAGAACUGUACACCCAUUUUAGACUUACAUAAUAUAUCAAGAGGUGGUAUUACAUAUAAGGUUCCUGUACCAAUAUCUGAGAGGAAAGGUCAGUUUAAAUCAAUGAAUUGGUUGAUUGAAACUGCAAAGGACAAGCCAAAUCAAACCCAUCUUGUUGAUGCCUUAGCAAAAGAACUUAUUAGUGCUGCUAAUAACGAGGGUCGAACUGUGAAAAAGAAACAAGAUUUACACAAACAAUGUGAAGAAAAUCGAGCUUAUGCUCAUUACAGAUGGUUGGAAUAAAGAAAUUAAGAAUGAAGUUAUUAUUUAUAGAUUUACAUUAAUCAAUUAAACGAAUUAUACAUUGUCACCAAAAA